GCUACGCCAGCUGCUGAUGAGCGAGCAGCGGCCGGCAGCGGCGCUCUCGCUGGCAGAUGUCAUGGGAGAGCUGAGCUGGCUCAACUUGCUACGCGCCCUGGACCAGCCGGAGAGGCUGCUCCACUUCCGCUGGCGCCCCGCCUCCGGCGGCGUCAAGAUUUCGACGCGGCCCGUGGCGGACCCGAAGAACCCGGACCACGUGAUCGCCGGCGUCACGCUCGCGCACGACGACUGUGACCUGCAGCCGGUGGUGCUGGUGACGCGUGCUGAGCGCCGCGCCGCCGACCGAGUCAGGCGACCGCACCCGCCAGGCCAGCGCGCCAACUCGCGUGCCAAGCGAACCGCCACAUUUGCGAAGCGCCACGACUCGUCUGCGAAGCGCAUUGACGCUCUUGUGGAUUCCUUCUGA